CCGAGAAAUGCUCCCAACCCCUAAACCCCGCCGCCGCUCCUCUCGCCAUGGCCCUCUUCGCCGCCGCCCGCCGCGCCGCGGCAUCCGCGGCCCCCCUGAUCCUGCGCGCCUCCUCCUCCACGGGGGCCCACCACGGCGCCGCCCUGCUCCGGCCCCUCGCCGCCGCCGCGGCGCGGCCGCAGCCCCGCGCGAUGCCGUUCUCGUCGGCGCCCGCGACGAGGCCCAGCUCCGACGCCGAGCUCAUCAGCGUCAUCGACUCCAAGAUCAAGUACGCCGAGGACUGCGACGACCACGACAGGGUUGAGGAGAUUCCAGAUAAUGUCCCUUUCAAAAUCACUGAUGAGAAGAGGAUGAAUGCAACAUAUCAUUGUGAUCAGAUUGAGGUUGUGGCUCACAUGCCCAGCCUAGUCACUGGAGAUGAGCCUAAUCAUGACCGGGAUGAUGAGGAUAAGGGCGAGGAGGGAGAUGACAGCAAUGAAGAUCAAGGCGAGAAGCCCCCCAGUCGAGAGUCCCUUACACAUUCACUAUCACCAAGGGUGAUGGCCCUGUCGUUCAACUCAGCUUCUAUUCUGAUGAUGAUGAUGAUGAUGAUGAUGAUGAUGAUGAUGAUGAUGAUGACGACGAUGACGAUGACGAGGAUGAUGAUGACGACGACGACGACGACGACAAGGGCGAGGAGGGAGAUGACAGCAAUGAAGAUCAAGGGAGCUCCCUGUGAAUGUGCAGAAAGGCCUAUUCAAGUACUUGGAGCAACGGGGAAUCACGCUGUCAGCUACCAAGUACAUACACGACUACAUGGUUACCAAGCAGGCCCAGGAGUACAUCCGGUGGAUGAGGAAGAUGUCGUCCAGUAAUGAGGCACUGCAACGUGAUUUGGCAACAUUGUUUUGGUGGCCUAGCCUUAGUAUGUGUUUGAGGAAUAUUACAAUUACGCAAAGCUCAUGACUCCCUGAAGGAGAGGGAAAGAUGUAUCUGUCUCAAUGAAUCUGUAUGAGCUGGCGAAUUAGGAGCAUGUAAAUUUCUAGUUGCAUUAUUGCAUUUCAAGAAAAUUAAGAAUUACUGGUUACUUCUAGCUUUAGUUGUUACCACAUGUGUGCUGCUUCUCUGGGUAUAUGUGGCGGAGUUUUGAUGGUUGAUUUGUUGUGCAGAAAGGAGCGCAUUCUGCUUUGUAAAGAUAUUUGUUUCGUUUGGAACGGUGAAGGAAUAAUUGAAUCAGCUUUGGGCUGGGCUCA